UUGCAUCACUCAUUUACUCAACAGUAGUUCAAUGUUGGAAAAUCAGUAAUAAUUUAUUAUUAAUAACAAAUGACAUCGGCAUCAUGUCAUAAAUAAACCUAAAAAAUUAUGUUGUAACUGUGUUUAGAAAAAAAUUAAAUUAGCAAAAGUGCUCCUUUUUUAUCGACAAUAAUAUUCGAGGUCAUAUUAAUUUUUUUCAGUAAUAUUUAAAAAUGGAAUGCGAUAUUUUAAAAAAAUCCAUGUGCUUAUGUGGUUCUGAGUAUGAAUUUUCACCGACUCUUUCAAUUUCUCUGAUUAAUAUGUCGAGGCAUUCUUCAUCCUCUAAAACACCACAGAUCAUAUGUAGCUGUUGUAAUUGUAAUCCGUUUCAAGAUGACUCGAAAGAAAUAGAAAUCUGUGACCUUGGAUUUGCUUUGCGUAAGCUUGCAGCAAUGAGUCGUCAAAUGAAGAAAUGGCAGGGAGAACGUUUGAGUCUGGAAAAUGAAAUACGGUCUCUCAAAAAAGCUCUUAAGUCUUGUGGUAUGAACCCGUCACCUAUAGAGUCAAAGUCGUUUGUCGAUUCUAAACCUGAAAAUGAAAAUUUAAAAAGCCAGAUUAUUAGUUUAAUGCGUAAUAUUGGAUACUGUCAAUCUGAAAUCUCUUAUUUAAGUUGCAAAAUUGAUGGGCUGAAUGAUCUAUUAGAAAAUAUUGAACAACUUGGUUUGCAUCGAGGAGAAUUAGUUAAUCAAAAGUUAUCUGAGGAAACUGCUGCAGCAAACAUCAGUAACUUGGAAAAAGAGAUUCAAGUAUUAAAAAACCAAUUACAGGAACAUCAACGUACAAGUGAAGAAUCUACUGACAAUUUAAGUGACUCUGAUAAACAACAUCCGGCUGUGAGAGAAGAAAAUCAUAUUAAAGAACUUGAAUCGCAUCGAGAAGAAGUAGUUAAUAAAGAGUUAUCUGAAGAAAGUGCUGUAGCAAGCAUCAGUAACGUGGAAAGAGAGAUUCAAGUAUUGAAAAAUGAAUCACAGGAACAUCAACGUACAAGUGAAGAAUCUAAUGACAAUUUAAGUGACUCUGAUAAACAACAUCCAGCUCUGAGGGAAGAAAAUGAUAUUAAACAACUUGACAUGCAUCAAGGAGAAGUAGUUAAUAAAGAGUUAUCUGAAGAAAUUGCUGCAGCAAGCAUCAGUAAUUUGGAAAGAGAGAUUCAAGUAUUCAAAAAUGAAUCACAGGAACAUCAACGUACAAUUAAAGAAUCUAAUGAUAAUUUAAGUGACUCUGAUAAACAUUCAGCUGUGAGGAAAGAAAAUCAUAUUAAAAAAUCUGAAUCGCAUCGAGGAGAAGUAGUUAAUAAAAAGUUAUCUGAAGAAAUUGCUGCAGUAAGUAUCAGUAACUUGGAAAGAGAGAUUCAAGUAUUGAAAAAUCAAGUACAGGAACAAAUACAGGAGCAUCAACAAACUAAUGAAAAAUCGAAUGAUAAUUUAAGUGGCUCCGAUAAACAACAUCCAGCUGUGAGGGAAGAAAAUCAUUCUCUACAAGAUGAUAAAUUAGCUUUGAAGAAUUUUAUUCAGCAAUUACAGAAUAGUUACGAUGAAGUGAUGAGGCAAUUUUUAGAUACAAAAAACAAAGUUGACUUAAUUCUAAGUCAAGUCAAAAAAUUGGACGGUGAUAUUAUUGCAUUAAAAAGAGAAAAUGAAAAUUUAACAAAAGAAAAUUCGGCUAUAACCCAACAACUGAACGCAAAUAAUGAUAAUUUGGAUGAUGUGUACAAUAAAUUAAAUCUGUCAAAAAUAAAACUUUCUGAUAAAGAAACUCAACUCAAAAGUUUGGAGUCAAAUUUCAAUGAUUACACGUCCAUGGGAGAAACCUUAUCAGCAGAAUUAGAUAAUUUGAGAAGUGAGGUCGAAAAUAUAAAAAAAAACUGUAACACAGAAUUGAGAGCAAUGGAAGAAAAGGCUAAAGAAUUGUCUGCGGUAAAAGAUGAAUUUGAUCAACGUGACAAAAACUGGAACCAACUUAAAAUUGAGUCCGAUUCUCUAAAAAAGGACAUAAGAGCUUUAGAAAACGACAACAAAGUUUUGAAUAAUCACUUAGAAAGAGUAGACUCAGUAAUAAAUAAGCUUCAAGUAGAGAACGAUAGUCUGAAAUUGAAAAUGAAGACAUUUGAUACAGAAUCUAAAAGUGUUGAAAUUGAUCAUGGGGUACAGCAGAAAACUCAAGAUGAAUCGAUGAAACCGUCAAUAGAUUCAGAAACUAAAGACGCUAAAUCGGAAAGAGAAUCCACUCAUUUAAAAACUGACUAUUCUCAAACAGAUGAAGAUGUUUCUUCAAAUACUCCUCUUCAAGAAAACUUGAAUAUUUUGAAAGACAAUGUAGUAAAAUUAAAAGAAAAAAUUGAAACACGUAAUAUUGAAAACGACCAGUUUUACAAAGAACUUAAUAAAAUAAAAAACCAUUUGGAAAACCUUGAGUUGAAAUCUAAUCAGACAUUAAAAUUGAAUGAAGAGCUUAUGAAUAAAAUUAAAACAAUGAAAACUGAAACUACUAGCUUAGACAGAAAAAUAGCUGGGUUACAAACUGAUAAAAAUAUAAAUAUUGGAAGUCAUGAUAAAGGAAGUUCAUCAAAACAUGAUAGUUUUAAAGAAAAUUUCAAUACUUUAAAAGACAAUGUUGUAAAUUUAAAAGAAAAAAUUGAAACACAUAACAUCGAAAAUGAUCAGUUUCAUAGAGAACUUGAUAAACUAAGAAAUCAUUUGGAGAACCUUGAGUUGAAGUCUAAUCAGACAUUAAAAUUGAAUGAGGAGCUUAUGGAUAAAGUCAAAACAAUAAAUGAUGAAACUGCUGGCUUAGACAGAAAAAUAGUCGGGUUAUUAACUGAUAAGAACGUAAACAUUGGAAGCCAUAAUAAAGAUACUUUAUCCAAACAUGACGGUUUUCAAGGGAAAAGGGGACUGGAAAAGCCAGAAUUGAAUAACAAAGAUACGGAUGAUUUUGUUGCAAUUAAAAAGAAUGAUGAUGAUUUUAGGCGUACGAAUAAGACUUCAAACGAAGUUAAAUUUAAAGUUUUGAGCGACACAGUUGAUGCGGUACGCACUGAUCAAUUUACUAAGGAUUUUGAAGCACAACGAAAAGAAUUGGACAGCUUAAGGCUAGAAAAAAUGACUUUACAGGAUAAUUUAAAAAAAGCAGAGAAUGAUCUUAGAAAAUACAAAAGUGAGAAUCGAAAUUUAAAAGACGAAGUCGGUAAAAAAGUUGAUGGACCAUCAGCCCGAAUAGAAAAAACAUAUGAAGAUCAUAAUAAUUUAUCACAUGAUAACGUAAAAUCUCAGCAAGCCAUGUUAAGAAAGACAAAACUAAAUAAUCAAGUACUUAACACUACUUCAAAAAGUUUUAAACAGAAAUCAAAUAGCAAAUCGCUCCUGGAUAACGAAAGUAUAAUCAACGAGUUGUUAGAUUUCAUUUGUCGGAGGAUGAUAAAACAAAUUGAAGGAUUAUCUCAUAUACAUGGCAUUAUUCGUGAUAUGAAGAAUGAUUCUUCGGAAAGAACUGUCACCAUUACAUCCUUAAUCUCAGAUAAUUCAAUGAUUUUAAAUUUUUCAAAUCCUUUAGCAACCAAAAUUUCCGAGUUAUCUGAUGAUCUUUCGAAUGGUAUUACAGACAUUAUAAGAGACCUAACAGCAGUUAGUGAGAUUUGGAGAGAUUGUUGGAGAGAAAAUAAAAAAUUAAAAGAGAUAGUCGAAAAUGAAACUUCUAAAACACAGAAUUAUUCCGAAGAUGAUAUUCUUAAAUUUGAUAGGCAGUUAGAAUUUUUAACGCUGACACAGUUAGCUGACAUACACGACAAAAUAUGUUUCAUAACAUCAAAAAAAGUAAAUGAAGAUGAGUGCGUUAUAUCAUGUUGCCAACUAAAUAGAACAUCAAGCUCUUCGAAACGUUUAAAUCGAUGUCAACAAAACUAUGAAAUGGCCGGCAAGAGAGUAGCUGCCUUACAACGGCAGAUUUUGAAAAAACAGUUACAAACUGAGAACAAGGUUACGUUUAUCCGGAAAACACUGAGACACGAACAGGCAGAGCUCAUUGGAAUUUCUGGAAUAAUAAACCAAGAAAAAGAGCGUAAUUAUGCCCUUCACUUUAUUGUGGACCCAACCUUAUUUACAUCCAAUAAAUGCGCAGCCAAAUGCGCCAAAAAUAAUAAAUUUAUUUCCAUUGUUGAAUGGAAAAAAAACACCGAUCAUAACUAAUUUGAAUGAUGAAAUUAAACUGAAUGGAUUGU